AUGUAUCCUCAAGGAAAAAUAAAGCGUAGUAAGAUUGGCUGUAUAGAAUACCUGAGCCAAUUGUGGAAAGUUUGGAGUUUUGGUAAGUUUAUACCAAAAAACCAGGUUCAUCACUUUCAGGAUCCAAAUAAUGAUAACAUCUGGUCAUUAGAAUUUUCUAAUGAUACUGACAAUACUCUUACGAUAUCUCUUACUUUGUCGACAAGUAUGGUAUCUAAAUCUGAAGCUAGUGGAACUAGGUACUUUUAUGAGUUAACUAUUUUUGAUACAAAGAUGAAGGAGUUGUGCAAAAAAGAGAGUUCCUGGAAUUUCAGUAUGGGUACAUCAAAAGAUUGGCACAUAAAUGAGACUCAGCUUAUACUUAAUAGUCUUCAAAGUGAUGGAAGUUUGUUUGUUCAAUGUAAUAUAUCUACAGAUAAUAUAUUUGUAUCAAGGGACCAUAGUUUUCAAUCAGAAUUGUGUUGGAAUUUUACAUUGUUUCUUAAAAACCAAACAUUAACUGACGUUACCAUUAUUACAAACAAUGAAAAACUUAGGGCUCACAAAAUUGUAUUAGCAUGCAGAAGUCCAGUAUUUUUAGCCAUGUUUGAUAACGAUAUGUUAGAAAGUAGAAAUAAUGUUGUUGAAAUUAAAGAUUUUGACUCUAGUGUUAUUAUAGAAAUGUUGCGUUAUAUGUAUACUGGAGAAGUGGAAAACAUAAAUGACAUAGCAGACGAUUUAGUCCGUUGUGCCGAUAAAUAUUUAAUAUCUGAGUUAAAAGAAUCAUGUGAAACAUACCUUGCUAACUCGCUGACUCUUGAUAACGUAUUGAGUAGACUCUGCUUUGCAAAUUUUCAUAACUGCAAUGAUUUGAAAAAUAAAGUAUGCCGUUUUUUUGCGACUCAUAAGCAAGAAAUUAUUGACCAUCCAAAUUUCAAAGAGCUGUCAGAAGAGCAACCAUCUUUAAUAAUUGAUCUUUUUUGUAACAUGGUACCGGAGAAGCUUUCAUAA